AUGUCACUGAGAGACGCAAAUUGUUAUGCCCUCACUCUGAAUCAAUCUAAAAUAGAUCCGAGCGUAAUUGAACUGACGGAAUCUUUUGGUCCGGCCAACCCAGGAAAUAACGUCGAGGCUCGUUAUGCUAGAGUGAGAGAUAAGAAGGAUGAAGAAGCUUAUUCCUCGGUGAUAUACGAUGUGUUGACAGGUGCCAGACUCGCUUCAGUCGGAUAUACCGUCGAGAAAGCCAAGACAAGGAUGUUGCAAUUGCACGGACCAGAUGAGGAUAUCCCAUUUGAAUAUACUGGAAAGCUGAGCUUUGAAUGGACGUUCGAGUUCGAAGGAAACAAAUAUCGCUGGACACGCGAAGUAUACGGAAAAGACUAUAUCUGUUCAAUUGACCGAAAGCCUGAUCCAAGAGUUGAAGUUUGUUUAGCAAGAGAAACUACGAGCAAAGGCCCAGGAAGGAUACAAAUAUUACAUUAUAAUAUUGAUCGAUUUCGAAAUGAGAUUAGAGAUGUCAGGGGAUUAGAAACGAUCUUGAUAGCUAGUUUGUUAUGCCUAUUGGACGCAGCAGAAGACAGAAAUACCCCCACGAGAACAUCAUCUGGAAGUAGCAAGUUAGUCAAAGCACCCGAUCCAUCGAUUGAGAAGGGCGUGCCCCCAGUACCUCCACGACCUCAACGAGUCAUAAGUGAAGAUGAUUUUGAACCUGAAAACCCAAACGAAUUGAUAAUCUCAAUGACUAGUGAUUCAGAUGAGAAUAUUGCCAAGGCUAAUAAUCUGUUGGAGGACCCUCACGUUUUAUUCAUUGUGAUUCGAACGAAAACUGCCGAAGCAGCUCAAAGAGCAUUGGAGGUGUCUCUCGGUGUGACCAGAUAUCGUCAUCAUGAAAAUCUAGCAGAUCUACAUCAAUAUGUCAUAGAAGAAGAGAUAUUUGAGGGAAAGACAUCCAUCACAUCCAGUCUAGGACCUAGGUCAGGAUCAGGAUCAAAGGUCAUAAACCUGAAUGACGAAUCUCCAGUACCAAAAACACCACCUGCAACAGGGAAGAAACAAUGGAGUCCACCUCCAAAUAUAGCUAUUUAUUUAUCGACUAUAGAAUUACCGGAUCUGAAACCUGGACGUAGAGAACAUCUAAAACAUGUAUCAAGUUCUAGCAGUAAUAAAGAUACCAACAAAGCAACAGAUAUACCGCCAAUACCUUCAACAAUAUCUUCCCAGUAUCUAAACGCACCUCUUCCAACUGCAGCUCCAAACGAAAGUCCUUCAUCAUCACAGCAUACAAAUCCUUCGAAACGUACCUCUUCUUUCGGCAGACUGUUUCGUACACAUUCAUAG